CUAUCUUUUCAGAGAUUGCAAUGAAGGACAAGCCGGGAAUGAUGCAUUUGCAAUUAAAGGUUGGAAUAGUUGGAACAAGAAAUGCAGACUAGAUACCCAUGUGGGCAAGGGUAAUGUUAACAGCUUUCAUAAUGUAGCAGUCAAACGAUGUGAUGCUUUGAUGAAUCAAGAUCAAUCAAUUCAGGUUGCCCUUGAUAGACAAACUGAUUUUACAAAAAAGCAAAACCGAAUCCGACUUAACACUUCAAUUGAUUCGGUUAGAUACUUGCUGCGUCAAGGCUUAGCUUUUCGAGGUCAUGAUGAAUCAAAAGAGUCAAAAAAUAAGGGAAACUUUAGAGAGUUGGUAAGCACUUUGGCAGAUCAAAAUGAAGCUGUACAUAAUUCUAUUAGAAAUGCUCCAGAAAACUGUCAAUGGAUAUGUGGAGAUAUUCAAAAGGAAAUUACUAGUUACUUUGCAAAGAUAACUUUAAAAUCCAUUAUUGAAGAAAUUGGAGGUGAUGUGUUCAGUUUGUUGAUUGAUGAGGCUUCCGAUGCGUCCGAUAAAGAGCAAAUGGCAGUUGUCUUAAGAUAUCUUAGCAAGCGUGGAUUUAUCAUUGAACGGUUAGUUGGAGUUGUACAUGUGAAGGAAACAUCAGCCAUAUGUCUCAAGGAAUCUCUUCAAAAAUUAUUCACUGAUAUUGGGUUGAGCAUACAACAGGUCAGAGGUCAAUGUUAUGAUGGGGCAAGCAACAUGCGUGGGGAGUUCAAUGGCUUGAAAUCUAAGAUUUUGCAAGAGAAUAGAUCAGCAUAUUAUGUGCAUUGUUUUGCUCACCAGCUCCAGUUGGUCAUUGUGGCAGUAGCAAAGAAGAAUGAAGAUAUUUCAGAUUUUUUCUACAUGAUAUCUGUUUUAUUCAGUGUGGUGGGAGGUUCUUGCAAAAGAAAAGAUAUGAUUAAAGAGAAACAUCGAGAUGAUAUUAGAAAGGCCAUUGGGAGUGGACGAAUUAGCACUGGGACAGGGUUAAAUCAGGAUCAAACUCUUCAGAGAGCAGGUGACACAUGUUGGGGUUCACACUAUAGAACACUCUCAAGUAUAGUGAAGUUGUUCCCAGCCAUUGUUUCUGUUUUGAAAUAUGUUCAGAAAGAAGGAAAAAGUGAUAAGAAAUCUCAGGCACGUGGUCUUGUAGCAUAUUUCGAGACAUUUGAAUUUGUGUUCUAUUUGCACAUGAUGCUCCAUAUAUUAGGAAGUGCAAAUACUUUGUCUCAAUCUUUACAAAAAAAAGGAUCAGGAUAUCCUGAAUGCCAUUUCAUGUGUGCAAUCAACAAGAACUGAGCUGCAAAAAUUAAGAGAGAAUGGAUGGAACUCACUCCUAGAGAAGGUAUAUUUGUUCUGUGAUGAACAUCACAUUCAAAGGCAAAACAUGCAUGAGGAAUAUGUCAAUAGGCAUACACCACGAAGGAAAACCAAUAAGACAAAUCUCCAACAUUACAAAAUAGAGGUUCUUAAUUCUGUUAUUGACUGGCAACUCCAAGAGUUUGAUGACCGUUUCAAUGAGGUAAAUUCUGCAUUGCUUCGUCACAUGGCUGCUUUCAAUCCAAAAGACUUUUUUGCUGCCUUUAACAAGGAGAGUUUAGUGAAGUUAGCUGAGUUUUAUCCAGAUGAUUUUGAUUCAGAUAAAUUGGAUGACCUUGGUCAUGAACUUGUUACUUACAUUGACAAUAUGAGAGCAGAUCAAAGGUUUGAUAGUUUGGAUGGGAUUGCUGAUCUUGCUAAAUUAAUGGUCGAAACAAAUAAGCAUAUUACUUUUCCUUUGGUCUUUCAUCUUCUAAAGCUAGUCCUAAUAUUGCCGGUUGCCACAGCAUCAGUGGAAAGAUGCUUUUCAGCUAUGAAUAUUGUCAAAAAAAAUUACGUAACAAAAUGGGUGAUCAGUUCAUGAGUGAUUGUCUGAUAUGCUACGUGGAGAAAUAUUUGUUUUCUGCCAUUACUAAUGAUGAGGUGGUUGAUCUUUUUAAGAAGAUGAAAUUUCGAGAAGGAAAACUUUGAAAUGUGAGUGGCUUAACAUUCAAAUGUGUAAGCAUUCAACCUUUAAUCUAAAUGUUUAAUGCAAUAGCCCUA